CUCCCUUCUUAUUUUCUUACACGAUCAUAAAGGGGCACAAGCACAGCUGGACUUCACAAUAUAUUCAGCUUGGAUACAAUCAAGGAUAAGAGCGAUAUAAACAACAGUGCUAAAAGCCAAUAGGCACAUAAACAUGAUUUCUUGGCGCUUACGCUACUCACCAAAGAGAGAGAAAAAGAAUUGGCGUGAAUUGUCAACAGGAAAGCGCGGUGAACUUCUGAGCGUUAUUCUCUUUUUCCAGAAAAGACAGAAGAUAAUUGAUAGGGGCGAACGACAGAGAUGUUCGAACGGAAAUAGCAUUCAGGCUAAAAUGGUCAAUGAAUUUGGCUCCAAUAAAGAUUAUUCUCAAUACUCAACACUAACAGUGCCUCAAGUAGGAGGCAUUACCAAUGAGACUUGUAGGGCAGUUGCAUCCUUUUUAUUUUUAUUAAAAUUUGAGCUGGUUUUCCUUUCAAAAGAAUGGACACAGAAGAAAGCCGACAUCCUUUAUUCUCCAUUCUGGACGACCGAAGUCAAAAGUGACUCUAGUCAUCACAUUCACACAUUGGCACACUAUUCUUCUCUCUUCCUUUUCCAUCCCCCAGCAAAUAUUCCUCCCUUAGAAUGGCUACGAGGGAAUGAGUAUCGUCUGAGUACAAAACUUGGCCGGUCUGCCUGCGAAUACAUAUCAUGCACAGGAAGGGUCAGCUCGCCAUCGGGGGGCGUAUCCGAUCCAGAUAUUGUUCUGUGCAAGUUGAAGGACUUGGCUAUAGUCCAGUUUGUCAGCAAUGGCCCGACCUUUAAGAGUUAAUCUCAGAGACGUAUUAGACAUAAUCGCGCUCUCCUUUCUUUCUUUUCUUUCCUUUUCCCCAUAUUUUCUCUCUCUUCGUUUUUAUCAUCCAAUCCCAUUCUUUCCUCUCAUUGCCCCUUAUUCUUUCUCUGCUUUUCCU